AGCGUUGCUGAGCUCAGUGUAUGUAUAUGUGACAAUCAUGUGAAUAGUAAGAAGAUGAAAGUGAAAGCAGAGUGGGUGUUAGAGUAACAGGAGGCAGAGGGGAGAAGGACGAUUACAUGAGACUGGGUCACAGACAGCGCAGGGUGUGAGUGGGCACAGGUGUGGGUAGAAAGGUGAGGGCAAUUAGGGGGCUAUAUAGAAAAAGGAAAAGACGAAAGUGCUGGGAACGCUGAAGACGAAGAGACAACACAAAACAAUACAACUAUUUCUUAAGAAUCGACUUCAGUUAGGAAACCAAGUCCAGGCCUAAUGCUGCCAAGAAUCUCUAAAUUUCAGCCCCCACAAAGAGGGUUCAACUUUGAGAACUGCCUCAGAAAUAACACGCUAGAAGCGCAGGCUUCAACCAAUGCUCUAAAACCCCCCAAAGCACGCAAGACUGGUACCACCAUUGCCGGGAUCAUAUAUCAGGAUGGUGUAAUUCUUGGAGCGGACAGGAGAGCCACAGAUGACAUGGUUGUGGCGGAUAAAAACUGCGCCAAGAUUCAUUACAUCACAGACAAUAUAUAUUGUUGUGGAGCUGGCGUUGCCGCUGACGCAGAAUAUGUGACCCAACUCCUGUCCUCCAACCUGGCUAUGCAUUCAAUGUCUACAGGACGACAGGCACGUGUGUGCACCGCUAACCGCAUGCUGAAACAGCUGCUUUACAGAUACCAGGGUCACAUAGGGGCAUCUAUUAUCAUUGGAGGGACUGACCUUCACGGCCCCCAUCUCUACAGUGUCUUUCCACAUGGAUCUACAGACACCACUCCGUUCAUGGCUCUGGGAUCUGGUGCAAGUGCGGCGAUUGCGGUCUUGGAAGAUCGGUUCAAACCCAACAUGGGGCUGGAGGAAGGGAAGCAGCUGGUGACGGACGCCAUAACUGCGGGCAUCAUAGGUGACCUCGGAUCUGGCAGUGGCGUGGAUCUAUGCGUGAUUACACGCAGGGGAGCGGAGGUGCUGAGAGGUUACACGCAAACCGAGACCAGGGGGAAAAGGUACGCGUCAUAUCGUUAUCCGUUGGGCACCACAGCCGUUCUGCAUGAAAGCGUAACUAAGUUUGAGCUGGUGGAAGAGACUGUACAACUAAUGGACACUGAAUAAACAGACCGGAACACACGCAGGACAGUUACAGUAUAUGCUGGACAUAUCCCAGAGCAGCCCAACCAAUGAGAGUUUAGCUUUCACUGAUCUAACGUAUGUCAGACAAUGAAAGCUAACUGCUGAUUGGGUGCCGCAUAUUUGUGCUUUGUUAGCAAAUGAAAUUCUCCAAGUAGUAUGUUCUGGCAAAAUGAUUAAUAAAACACUGAAAUCAUGGCGACUUAAUGAUAGUGUCAGAUGUUUCAAUGUUCAUGUACCGAACCAUUAAAUCAUAAGACAACAGAAUGUGGGAGCAACAUACUAUAAUAAUACAUGUCAUAACCGUGCAUAGUAAUAAUUGCUACAAGGAUGCCGGCGACGAAUUGUCCUGCUUACUGCUGAAAUGUUGCUUUUCUUGUGCCGCUGUUGUUGUUAACCUGCUUAUUUCAUUAAAAAAAUAUUCCAGCAAAUAUAAUUGUAUACUAACUGA